AUGCGCGAGAUCCUCUGUUGGUCGCUGGCGAUCGCCACGACAUUCCUUCAAACCACUGAAGCAGUCCAAUUGGUAAAGCGAUCGACUCCAGCUGUGGUCGGGUUUGAGCUUGAGCGCAAAAAGAUUGUGAACCCAGUCGAUUAUGACAAACGGAGGCAAAGACGGCAGAAUGAUAAACCAAAGGUGGUGAACCAGGUUCUGGACAACGAGAAAACCCUCUAUUUCUGCAAUCUGACGCUGGGCACGCCGCCGCAGCAACUCCGGAUGCACAUUGAUACCGGGAGUAGCGACCUAUGGGUGAACACUCCCGGCUCAACCAUCUGCCGUGAUCGACGUAACCUCUGCGAGGUCGGCGGCACAUAUGACCCUCAGAGAUCAUCGACGUACAAACGUAUCAACGAUGACUUCAACAUCACCUACGCUGAUGGCUCUGGCGCCGUUGGAGAUUAUGUCACGGAUACCUUGAAAUUUGGCGGAGUCACCUUGGACGAUUUCCAGUUCGCCGUUGGCUAUCAGUCAACCUCGAGGGAGGGCGUGCUAGGCAUCGGGUUCACGUCAAAUGAAGUUCAAGCUGUUCGGAACGAUCAGCCACCGUAUCCCAACCUACCGCAAGCAUUGGUAGAUGCAAAGCUCAUCAACUCGAACGCGUAUAGCAUUUGGCUCAAUGAUCUUGAUGCCAGCAAAGGAGAGAUCCUGUUCGGCGGAGUCAACAAAGCAAAAUUCCACGACUCCUUGAAAUCCGUUCCCGUCGUCAGCCGUCGCACAGGAUACCAAGAUCUUGCCGUCGCCCUGACCGGACUGUCCGUGAAGACCGCCGAUGGUGAACAGCGAUUCCCAAGUGCCAAUUUCCCAUUCAGCGUCGUGCUCGACACUGGGAGCAGCCUCUGCUAUCUUCCAAACGCGAUCGUAGCCGAUAUUUACGAUGCUGUGUCGGCCGUCUACGACUCCCAAUUCGGCGCCGCGUAUGUUCCGUGCGACAUUGCCAGCACCAAGGCCGACCUCGUCUUCACAUUCUCCGAACCUAAUAUCUCCGUCGGCAUGGACGAGCUGGUCAUCAACCCUGGCCCAAAUAGAAACGGCGAGACUCUGCAAUUCGACGACGGCACCGACGCCUGUAUCUUCGGUAUCGCUCCUGCGCAAGGCUCCGUUUCAAUUCUCGGCGAUACCUUCCUACGCAGCGCUUAUGUCGUUUACGAUCUCGAAAACGAAGAAAUAUCCCUUGCCCAAACCCGCUUCAACACCUCGGACAGCGAAAUUCUUGAGAUUCAAUCCGGACGGGACGGCGUUCCCGACGCCACAGGUGUCGCCAGCGCCGUGUCCAGUGCUGGCAUCACGCCCACUGCUAGCGUCCAAACCACCUUAACUCCCAUCUCCACUGCGACUGUUGGAAUGGACGGUCGACCUGUUAGUUCCAGCGCUGGAGCAGUCCCGACAAUGAAGCCCGAAUACCCCCUGCGGAUGUUUGCGGGUCUUGCUGGUGCCGGCAUUGUGUUUGCUGCCCUGUAG